AGCCAAGGAAAAAAAACAAAAGUUUCGCCGCUCUUUAAUUUGCACGAUUUAAGUUGAUAAAUUAAGCAUUAAAUGCAAUUAGCACCGCGCGCAUCACGAUGCACUCGCAGCGCACCCAAAACUUCACCGACAUCUACGAACUGCUGCGAAAGCUGUGCAAAACGGUGGUGGGCGAUCGAUAUGGCACGGUGCUAAAAGGAGUGACCCAGCUGAUUGCCAACACGCCCAACUCGAUUUCGGCCUCGGCCAGCGCGGAAAGUUCGAUCGUGGCCCGUGUUGGGCAGCACCUCGGAGAGCGGAGCGCCGCGGACCAGGCGUUGUUUCACGGCCUGCACGAGCAGCUGAGUGCCUACACUGAAAGCAAGCGCCGUGCGCAGAUUCUCGAGUUUUUGCUGCUGCUCGCGGACACGAAUGGCCAGGCGGGGGCGACGAACGGGGGUCCGCUGUUGAAUCUGGACCUGCGCGGGGACAUGAGCAACAAUAGCGGGAGUUUGCCGCCGAUGGCGGCGACGACGACGUCGUCGUCGGCAGCUGGGGUUGAUUCCGGUGGUGGCGGGUUGGAGAGCAUUUUCUCCAAGAUUGAGCUGCGUUCGACGCGAUCGACAACGAUGAUGCCGUUCAAGAGUGGGGGUUCCGCGCUGGCCACGACGACGGCGAGUUCGACCACGUCGGGGGAUUUGUCCGAGGACGAGGGAGGGUUGGCGGGUGCGAACAAUCUGCAGGAUCAGCUGAUUCAGGACGUGAUUUAUGCGUGCACCGGGAUCGAAGGGAAGUAUCUGAAGAAGCACGUUGUUACGGGGGAGUUUCGGCUGGACCACGUUAAGGGACGAACGCUCGGGAUUGGGGACGCCGGGAUGGUGCUUCAGUUGGCCGAGGUUGGCCACUUUCACAACAAAGUCGCUAAAUUUACCAAUCCGAAGAGCGAUUGCUACAUGAAGGGGAACUUCGGCCAGGGCUACAUUGCGGCGCUGCAGAAGGAACUGACCCAGUACUACGGGAUGUUGGCCAUUCUGCAGGAGGAUUUGAACCGACAGCGGCGCGAACGGUCCACCGGAGAUCGGUUGACGUUGAAGAAACUGCGACUUUGGUUGGCUGGUCCGAUGGAAAGGCUUCAGUGGCUGGCGUUGAUUUCCGAGUCUUGCAAGGAGCUCAAGGGAGGUGCCCUAGCCACAGUCGUGUACGAUUACACCACGAACGGUCACCCGGAGAAUCGUAAGCUCGCACAGGAGUUGCUCCGAUCGGCGUGUAUUCCGCUGCAGCAGGCCCUCAUCCGGUGGUUGAUUGACGGAGAGAUUGUCGAUCCAAACUGUGAGUUCUUCAUCGAGGAAAUCUCCGAGGUCAGCUUCGACCAGUUGUGGCAUCAAAAGUACCGCAUCCGUCGCAGCAUGUUGCCGGGCUUUGUGAGCGAUACGAUGGCCAAACGGAUUCUGGUCAUCGGCAAGAGCAUCAACUUUCUGCGGGAAGUUUGCCAGGAUAAAACUCCGGUCAAAGCCCGGAACGACCUGAAACAGUGCCUGGAGAAUGAUUUGGACUAUCUGUACACGCCGGUUUGUACCACUAAGUUGCACCAACUGGUGGACAGCGUGUACCUCAACACGUCCAAGCAGGUUCUGGACAUUGUCCUGGGUCCGCACCGUCUCUUAGACCACCUGCAAGCGAUGCGAAAUUAUCUCCUCCUCGGCCAGGGCAACUUUGCCGACAUCCUGAUGGAGAAUCUGCACGCCGAGCUGGACCGACCGGCGAGUGAAAUCUUUCAGCACGACCUGUUCUCCAUCCUCGCUGCGGCGGUGCGAAUCUCCUCCUCCGAACAGGAUGAACCGGAAAUCCUCAACUACCUAGACGUUCACUUCCUGACGCACUACGAGGGCGAAUCCGGCUGGGACGUGUUUGGCCUAACCUACAAGGUCACCGGAGCGCUUUCAACCAUCCUGGAGCCCUCCCUCUGCCGAUAUCAAACCUUCUUCAAACACCUCUGGAACAUGAAGCAGGUCGAGUUCAUCCUCUCCCGAACCUGGAAGCGUCAAACCCUCAACGCAAAGUCCCUCAAACCCCUGCAAAAGUACAUCGGCCCCAUCGUCCUGCGCCUCCAACUGACCACCUCCCAAAUGAUCAACUUCAUCUGCCAAAUGCAGUACUACAUCCUGUUCGAGGUGAUCGAGUGCUCCUGGGUCCAGUUCAUGCCCCGCGUCAACCAGGCCAAAGCCCUCGACGACAUCCUCGAGGCGCACCACCAAUUCCUCGAAGAAAUCCGCAUCGGAAUCUUCCUCGACGACAGCUCCCAGUCCAUCACCAGCACCCUCGACCACGUCUUCAACACCGUUCGCAAGCUGGAAGAGUGGCAGGAGCGCUUCUACCGCCUCUGCACCACCGAAUACGACGCCCAAAAGUCCUUCCAGGAAGCGAUCGAAGCCACCGCCACCAAAGGCGACUACGGCGUCACAACCGAGCGCCGCCUCGAACGCGACGAGCAGCUCAAAUCCUUCGAGCAGCAUCUCGCCACCCACCAAACGCUCCUCCAGGACAUCGGCAACGCGUACGAAAACUACGUCGGCCAGUUCCUCUACCAGCUCGCCAUCUCGACCAGCGAAACGCUCCGGCAGCUGGGCAUGCGACUCGACUACAACGAGUACUACAAGCACCGGGACCGGCGGCUCAACGUCCCGCUCACCUUCCAGCACAUCCGGAUGAGCAUGGCGGCGAACAGCUCGCGGGCCGCGGCCAAACGGCAAGCCGCCAGCACGCCCUCGAUGAUGUACUGACGGCGGCCGGCGGAGAAGUGGCGCGUCGCGGCGGCGAUGGGCUGCCUCAAGGGGUGUUGCGAGCUGAUGUAGGAAUUUUUUUCGCGUUUCUUGUUUAAGGGUCGAUUGUGCCAAUUUAAUUGUUGAGCGGCGAACGGAAGCAAUAGAAAUCGAUUUGAUACGAUUAUGUGUCUGUUUUUGAACAAUAAACGCUUAUGCAUGUAU